CAUUUAAAAAUACCCUUUCGCUCAUUCUCAGGCCUCACCAUUAGCUUCUAACAGAAUAUGGCUAGUAGACAAGAAAGAUGUAACCAGUGUGGAAUACUAUUAAUGGUUCCACCAGAGGUUCAUGUCUUUGAGUGUGCAGUGUGCCAUGGCAUCACCCAGAUUCGACCUACCGCGGGUCCAUGGAGUCAAGCCUACAACUCCUUUCAUCACUUGGCAGGUCGUUUUAGAGGCUUUGUAAAUACCAUGAUGACUAGUUCGGUUAACAGCAAUCCCAGUUAUUAUGGGACAACUCAUGAAUUUGGUUAUUAUCCUCAGCCUCCUCAGUCACUAAGGCCAUCAUACCAUGUAUAUGGCUCAAAGAGGGCUGUGCUAUGUGGAAUCCGCUACCAUGGAAAGAGUUACAGACUAAAAGGCUCCGUGAAUGAUGUAAAAUGCAUGAAAUACUUUUUGAUUAAGGAGUUUGGGUUUCCCAGUGCCUCCAUUCUCAUGCUCACAGAUGAUAGAGAGGAGAGAAACCAGCUAAGAAUCCCAACGAAAUAUAACAUUCAAAUGGCUAUGAGGUGGCUGAUUGAGGGUAGCCAAUCAGGGGAUUCAUUGGUGUUCCACUUCUCAGGACAUGGUACACAGGAAAUGAAUAUGUAUGGAGAUGAGAUUGAUGGGUUUGACGAAGCAAUAUGUCCUGUUGAUUAUGAAGAGCAGGGAAAGAUACUCGAUGAUGAGAUUAAUGCAGCAAUUGUUAGGCCACUACCACGUGGUGCUAAACUCCAUGCCAUUAUUGAUGCAUGCCAUAGUGGGACUGUUCUUGAUUUAGCCUUUGUGUGCAAGAUGAAUAGGGAAGGCUAUUACACAUGGGAAGAUCAAAGAUGUCCCAGAACUGAUAAAGGUACCAGAGGAGGGCUAGCAAUUUGUAUUUCAGCUUGUGAGGAUGGUCAAACCUCCAUAGAUACCUCUGCCUUAAGUGGCAAUGAAGCUACCGGUGCCUUGACUUAUAGUUUCAUCCAAACCGUGCAAAAUGAACCUGGACUAAGUUACGGUCGCUUGCUCAGUGCUAUGCGUUCAACCAUCCGUGGGACGAAAACAGGCAUAGUGCAACUAAAUGGUCCAAUUGCUUCGUUGUUGAAUAGACUUCUUGGCCUCGACCUCAGACAGGAGCCACAACUAUCGUCCUCCGAGAUGUUUGACGUGUAUACAAAGCGGUUUGUACUAUGAUAAUGGUAAAUUCUAUCUCAUCAGAAAAUUAGGAAUUGUGAGAUUAUAACCGUGUAGAGUGUGCCCGGAGAUUAAAUGUGCAACAUUGGAAAUAAAUUAAACGAAGUAUAGGAGAUUUGCAACAUCUAAAGUUAAGGAUCAGAAAUAUUUUUGUUUUUUUUUUUAACAUGGGAAAUGGCCACUCAACUUAAUUUAA